CAGGUGGUCACUAUCUACUGAGUUUAUAUGGCCAUAUUGUAAUAUUCUUGUGGUAUAUGGCUACACAGGAUACUUUGUUAAGCAUAGGAACUAGAUUUAAAGUGUCCCCAACAACAGUGAUGAGUAUAACAAAUAAGGUGCUAUACUUCAUGCUAAAGCUAAAAUCAGCCUACAUCAAGUUUCCCAAAAAUGAAGCUGAAAUGAGAGACAUUAGUGAAGGUUUCAAGAAGUAUCCAGGAGUUAUUAGAGCAGUAGAUGGUACCCACAUAUUUGAAAAAGGUUGAAAAAAGUCAACAAGAUAGCUACAUAGACCGCUAUAGAAGAACAUCUAUAAAUCUCAUGGCAAUAUGUAAUAAUAAUAAUAAUAAUGCCU